GUGUUUCGAUAGUUAUCAAAGCACAAUGGGCUCAUAUACCGCAGGCGUCAAGCCUGCAUUCCUGAUCAUCGCCGUCAUACUCGUUGUCCUCCCUUCGCAGGUUAAUGCUUUUGGAGCUGGAAAUAUCGCGUCUAUUUCUAAAAUCGAGGGCAAGAACUGGCGCCAUGGCGACAUUGAAGAUAUGCUCAAGACGCUGGCCUUUAUCAAGGGUCACAAGUGGACGUCAAAUAUGGUCAAGAGAGUGUAUUUUGGAAACUGGUUACGCGAUUACUCGCAAGCCAUGGACGUAGGAACUUUGCAGAAACUACAAUCUGAGACCAUCCGCGUUCUGGUGUGGAUUCUUUCGUUCAUGAGCUUUGGAUAUGCUACCGGGGAAUUUGAAGUUACGGCCGAAAGACUAGGAGUGUAUCGACCGGAAGAGCAUAUUGACAACCCAAAGGACUAUGCCGACAACAAGGAUGCUAGGCAAUAUGAUGCGCGCUUGCGUGGACCAGUGAGGCAAGUUGAGUUGGACAUCGAUCCGGAAACUGGGAUGAAAAAUUACAUUGCGAAUGAACGAGGUGACUGGGCCACCAGUGCAGGAUACGUGAGGUACAGCUUUGCCCGUAGCAUCCACUUCGGAAGGCUUUACACCAAGGGGGGCCAUAAGAAGGGCCGCGAAGAAGAUCUAUAUGAAGCGUUAAGAUGCCUUGGUCAGGGUUUGCAUACGCUGGAGGAUUUUGGCGCUCAUACGAAUUAUUGUGAACUCGUGUUGCGCGAAAUGGGCAUGUAUAACGUUUUCCCGCAUACCGGAACGAGAACGAUGAUGACCGUUCGGGGGAAGCAUAUCUUUCCUUUGGUCACAGGCACAUUUGGCAUGGUUGACUUUUUCCAUUCAGUCUUGGGCGAGGCCACGGACCAUUUCGCCCAGUCGGAAAUUGACGAGGCAGAUAAUGCUUUUGGAAGUGCUCAAGCUAGUGGAUCUUCGGCGCCAUUGAACGGAUUGACCAAUAUGCUUGGGAAUGUCCCUGGAAUGGGAGAUCUUAUUACUGAAGCCCAGCAGUUGCAGCAGCAGUCGCAGGCCCAGGCACAGGCUAACCAGCAAUACCAAUCGCACCAUGGAGGUUAUGGUGCGUCGCGAGGAUUCAAUGAUGAUGGUCACGGACAAGGGGCGGGCUACUAUGACGAUACUCGGGCUCCCGGUCAAAACGGUGCUAACAUUCCAGGAAUGCCCGAUUUUGACCCUCAAAAGACAGUCUCCCAGAUCUAUCCCAUACUCGUUUUUAGAGACAAGGUUGUUCGAAGAGUCAGCAGCGUAGUGGAAAAGAUCCCGGGACUUGAGUCGUUGAUGGAAAAAAUCUCUGAAACACUGACCGUGUUUGUCUAUUCCCUUUUAGCUCCAUUUGUACGGCCCCUUAUCACCUUUGCGUCGAAAAAACUGCAUCUAGGAUCCUCUGAGGUUAUCAACUCCUCAGCACAACACCAGUUUGAACCAUGGACCGACCCCCACUGCACCGACCCGACGCACUCUCUCCUUUCGAAGGAUCACUUUUCCAACAUUCUCAACGAGCCUGCUGGGGGCGUUGCAGCGGCCAUUCUUAAGUUUGUUGUCCCGCGGGUCCUGUACGCGUGGCAACACGCCGAUUUUCCGGUUGACCAUGUCCUGAACGACUGUGUCAGUGUCUUCCACCAUCCGGCAUUGCGAGAUAUGGACAAUGAAGCCCAUCGGACGAUGUUUGAGGUAGUGCAGCAGUGGGCGUUUUCAAGACAUGAUAGAGGGGCAAGCUUGGACCAUAUCCUAAGCGCAGAGAGUGUGAGGGCGGGAAAGAAUCACACCGUUGAUGGAAGUCAUGGACACGGACAUGGACACAGUCACGGCCAUGGGCAUGGGCAUGUACAUGCUCACAGCCAGCCCCACCAAGCCCCUCCUUAUGGCGGGCAUGGUCAGCCGCAACCGACCAGUUCAUUUGCUAACAUCCCAGGCCUGUCUGCUCUCGCUGGGUUGACAGGGGGGUCCCAGAGCCACCAGUCUCACUCCGGGUCGUCAGGUUCGUCCGGCAUGCCGUGGGACAAGCUCUCGAGCCUACCCAUUCCUGGAAUGUCCAAUUUGAACAAACUCUCAAGCUUCAUACCCGGUGGUCAUGGGAAGCGUGAAAUGCCCGACGAACCCAACGACGGCACCGGUCAACAGCCACCGUAUUUAGGGACUCCAGCAUACGCGCAGGUCGGAGAGCAGCAGCAGCAGCAGCAGCAUUAUUCCUCUGGAACUGGGCAUGAUGCUGGCUUCUCCGUUCCGCCACCAGCAGGCUAUGAACAGUACCACCAGCAGCGGCAACCCGGCUCUGGGGACGGCCAUGGGGUUUAUCAGCCUCCAACGCAUGGCGCGCACACGUAUGAUUAUUAUAGUGGUUAUAGCAGGGGUUAGGACCGAAACGAUACCCAGGUUUCCAGGUUUAUGCUCCGUAGAAUGGGGAAAUUUGCCAUCGUCAUUUCAAGGUGUCUAGGCACGAAAGCACAAUGCUUGUUGUUUCAUGAGUGUAAAU